AUGAUAAAGAGUCCUAGGAAUGCCUCUCUCCUCAAGCCCCUCWAUCCAAGACGUGACCRCAAGAGCCUGAGAUCGAAUGAGUUUUGUUACAACAAAACAAAGAUGGCUGCCACUUCGGUUCCCUUACAUCAUCCCAGUUUAAACGCUGAUGUCUCGUACGAAACAUACCCUGAUGAAUUCACUUUUACCUCUCCAAGUUCUCAAGACUCCCDUUUAUAUUCUGGAUCGAUCGAUGCUCAGGGUACUGAGGUAAAAGGUGGUCAAAACGAAGUCCAAGAUGAAGGGGGAUCCAGCGCAAUAUAUUCACAGAUCUUGAGUCGAAAAGGCUUCGAGUGGUUGCUGGAGGUAGAUGAAUCAGAUGAUAAUGAUUUCAAUAAACCUCUUUUGGAAGARCUUGAUAUUGAUGUCCAUGACAUAUAUUAUAAAGUACGCUGUGUACUAUUUCCAUUGCCAUCACUUGGAUUCAAGAGAGAUGUUUUGCGUGAUAGUCCUGACUUUUGGGGUCCUUUGUUUGUUGUGCUUGUAUAUGCAAUGUUGGCUUUGUAUGGACAGUUUCGGGUUGUUUCAUGGAUAAUAACAAUUUGGAUAUCAGGAUCCUUGAUCAUAUUCUUGCUUGCUAGAGUGCUUGGAGGAGAGGUCAAUUAUUCUCAAUGUCUUGGUGUAAUUGGGUAUUCAGUUAUUCCUCUGGUUUUAACUGCACUUUCUUUACCAUUGGUCCAUCUGUUUCCUAUGGUUGGAUUCAUUAUUAAGGCGUUUGGUGUUGUUUGGGCAUCAUACAGUGCAGGGUCACUUUUAAUUCAAGAAGAACUCAAAACAAAAAGACCACUACUUCUUUAUCCCAUUCUGCUUCUGUACAUCUACUUUUUUUCCCUUUACACAGGAGUAUAGUUUUAUAGUAUAUCCAAAACUUAAAUGUCUUAGUAACUUACAAAAACAUUGCUUUAAAAAGGGAUGAUGAAUGCAUGGUUUUACAAAAACACAUUCUCAGGGGGGAAAUAUGGGUUAUUUUUGGCAAGGAUAACUUUGUAGAUAGUUAGAAAUAUGAACAGAUGAUUAUUGGAUUUGCCUUACAUGCCUUGUAAAAUUAUAAUGAAUUAAAGUUAUCAUUGGCUGUUGA